CAGGGGCUUAUUCUAACCACCACCUUCCCCGCCAAGGAAUUCACCCGAAUCUUCAGGUACUGUUACAAACGCAACGCGCUUCACUAUUGCACUUCAGCUCGGCAGAAGACCGACCUCUCAUUUUAAAAACACAGGUAUAAGUCGCAGUUUCGUUUUUGUUCUUUUGCUGUCCGUGCGAACUAAACAAACAACGAACCGGCAUCCGGUUUCCCACAGUGCUACCUUCAGAAGAUCUCUAAAAGGGACUACAGGACGACGAGAACGGACGUAGGGGACCAGAGUGCAGCUCGAGCUAAAAAGGGCCCUGCGCUGCUGCUCUCUUUCAGCACCUUCGGAGCGCUUUGGCGCCUUUUUUUUUUAACUCCCUUAAUCGCUUCUCUGGCUCGCCUCACUAAGCGCUGCCGCGGCACGUUCUGGGAAGGGCUUUUCAGCCGCUUCUCCUCCCGCCCCCUCCCCAAAGCGGCUCAUCGGCCAAUCAGCGACGGCUCUCGGAAAGCUUCUUUCUGUUCGGUGCGCUUCUGCGCUGCAUCCAAGGAUGGCCAGCAAGCAGGAGCGCGGGCAGGUGCAGGGCAGCGAAUCUGAUGGUACCUCUGAGGAUGAUAAAGGUAAUGACAGUUCCAGCAAUGACUCAGAGAGCUCCGAAAGUGAACCUGAGACAAAUGAGACAAAUGAAAAUGAACCAUUUGAGGAAGCAGAAGAGAAAGAGUUACAGCUGUAUUGCAGUAAAUCAGAUGAACAACCAGAAGUGUUGCAGAAUGGUGGUGAAUCCGAAGUUAACAUCCAGCAAUGCUGUAAACACUGCAUAAUCCAAAAAAAGCAACAUGAACAAGUCACUCCCAGAAGAUUUCUGAAAGGACAAUUUUGCUUGAAGCUGGAUGGUGAAGGAACUUUUGAGUGUACAGAGACAGGAUUAAUUUUUGAAGUAACAAGAUCUGUUACCAUUGAAUAUUCAGUUUUGUCUUGGACCAAAUAUGCUGCUUAUGUUAAAGAACCUUGGAUUGUCGUGGGCCCUAUAUUUGAUAUCAAAUGUACCUCUUCCGCUCUUACUUCAAUUCAGUUUCCACACACCCUCUGCCUGAAUGAUCAUUUGUCUGAGAAGGCCUUCAAAGUAUUCCAUUUCAAAAAGAAUGGUCCGGAAUUUGAAGGCUCCAUUGAUCAUUCAACUACACAUGUCAAGUGGCACGUGAGCUCACUAUCUCCAGUUGGACCAGUAAUUGAAAGAUAUGAUCCAGUAUAUUAUCAUGGGGUAGUCAUUUUAUAUAAAGUUAUCAACAAUCAUCCUUCCUUGAAAUUCCGUGUGUAUAUCGCUACAAAUAACAAUUCAUUUAUAAAGGAUAUAUCCAAAACUGUAAGACGAUCUCUUAAUAAAUUCAUUAAAAUUGAAAAACCUCCUUGUCAUAAAUUAUUGCAAAAUGGAAAGAAAUACAGAUUAACUAGUGAUCCAGAAGCUGACAUAACCCCUGAGGAAAUUCAGUUUGGAGAUGACUCCACACUGGCAGAGAAGCCUUUCUUUGAGGUAUAUUUAGAACAGCCAAUGGAACUUAUGCUAUCUUUGGUGGAUUUGGAAUCUGAAGAAGUUGUGUGGAAGGCAAAGCUCAGAGAAUCUGAUUGGACUCUACAUAACCAGAACAAUAAUGAGCAGGAGAAAUCUCUGAACUGUGCUGGGAAACGAAAAGCUACCACUAAACUUGAACUUUGUUGUAAGCGACAAAAAAUGGCAGACAUCACAGAUGGAACGAACAGUAAUCACUUGUUAACAGAUCAUCAGCUGAUGAUUCUUGCAAUGAAAAUGGGUAAAGACUGGAAAGUCAUUGGUAUUGGAUGUCUGAAGUUGACCUUGCAAGAUAUCGAACAGAUUGAAGCAAAAGAAGAAGAUGUUAAUAUGUAUAAAUGUAUGAUGCUGCGGAAGUGGAGAGAUUCUGAACAAAAUAAUGGAACAGCCCAUAAUUUAUAUAAAUGUCUUGAUGGUCAAGUAUCCCAUGAGCUGCUAGAACUCCUGAAAGGUUUUUUGCAACAAACGUGAGUUCAUAUGGAACCAACUUCAAACAGAAAUAUUGGGAACAUUCUUUUGUAAAUUUUCCAGCUGCCUAAAAGGAAUUUGAGUACUUAGCAGGAACUUAGAAACACUUUAAAACUAAGAAAGAAAAUGAUGGACCAAUUGUUGAAACUCAGGAUUAAAUAUGGUUUGGGAAGGAAGCCAAGUGAGUGGAAUCAUGAACUUCUGCAAAGGCAUUUCCCCCUACACUUUACUCAUAGGUUCCCAGAGACAUUUGCACAAUCAACAAUUCCUUCACAUCCAGGAGAACUGGUGCUUUCCCAAAAUGUUUUCAGUUUUUGUUUGGAUGAGGUGUGCCUCCCCUCCAACACAUAUAAAAAUAUCAAUCUGGCAUAGGGUUGUAAAGGCACUUUCGAACUGUGCAUGCCCCAAAAUAGAAGCAUUCAAAGUUUACAGGUAGCCUCAAAUGUUCUCAUUCUAAAUUCUAUCUCUACUGUAGCAUUCAGACUUUUUUUCUGGCUACCAUAUUUGUUUCUUGGAAGAUAUUAUGGUUGUCCUUCUGUAAGAUGCAACUGAAGACCAUGUUGCAUGCCCACAUUUUUCUAUGAUAUUUGUUACCCCAAGACCUUGUUUUUAAUUUAGAGGGCUGGCACAAUGUUUAGAAAUCCCCUGCUUUUUUAUUCAAAAGUAUAUUAAAACAGUUCAACAAUUCCUGUGAAGAAAAGCUGAUUUUCAGAGGAUUUGUAUAUAGAAUGAUACAAAUUUGCAUAAAUAAUUCCUGUUUUAAAUGAUAGUUUUGUUUUAGUGGGUGUUAAGAAGCAUUGAUGAAAUCCAAUUGUCAAAAUACAAGAAAUACUUACCCAUUAUUUCUCCUGACAAUUUUAGCUGGUUCCUCAUUUUGUAAUUUUGUGAGUGCCUUGUGCACUCUUAACAGAGUGACUGCCAUGCUAUGCAUAGCCAAAUUGAAAUUCACCCCUUUGUCAAGGAGACAAUGAAGCCUAGGCUAAAAAAAUUGCCUAAGGAAUUAAAAAACAAGGUGUAGGUGAACUCUGAUGAUCUUCAGGGAAAAGUGGCUUAGGCAUGACCAGCAAUGUGGUUUGAGGGCUAAAUGACACUGCUUUUGUAAACGAUAUUGAAACAUGAAAGAUGUAAAAAAA